AUGGCUCAACUCACCUCUCUGCAUGUCUCCGUUGGCAUACUGGGCAUCUCUGGCGGUUCUCUUCUACUUUUGGUGAACAACUAUGCCAGCUCACCUGAAAAAGACUUAUUCCCUUACACUGCACUGGGGAUUCUGCUGCUCAUCAUUGCAGCCCUCUUAGCUUAUGCAGGUGUCCGUCGCAGUCUGUCCCACGCCCAGCUGUUUUCCUCUCUGUGUCUGACUGUCUCUGCUCUGUGGUGUGGUUCAGGUCUGGUGUACAUCCUGGCAGGACAGGGGGUGCUGCAGCCCACACAACUCAGAUCCUCUCUUGUCCCAGGCCUGGCAGCAUUUACCUUAGCCCUGCUCAUCAUAGGCGGUAUAGCACUUGUUGUAAAGAAAGCAGUUUUGUUUCUCAUUGCUGUUGGUAUUAGUUUAGCAUGUGCCCAUCAAAUUGCCGGUUUGUCAGCUACAGAUUUUGGUCAGUCUGCCACAGCUGCUAACUACCUUAUUGUCUGUCUGGUGGGUGUUUACUUUGGUUUUGGACGUCUGCUGACCACCAUUACUCAUGGGAAAGUGGAGCCUCCAGGAACAGGCCUAAAGAGGAAAGCAGAGCUUAAAACAGAGCAGAACCAGGGAAGCAGUGAUGCAGUGUCUGUAGGUUUGGUGAUGAACUUGCUGUCCGCCUCUGUGCUAGCCUGUCCUCUGUUAGGCGUGGUCCCUCAGCUCUCUGUCGGUCACAUCCCCUGGCUGUGGACAGCUGGAGUCUUCCAGCUUGGCAUGUGUGUCCUCCUGUACCGAGCCAUGGACACAGUAGCUGCCACUUUUUAUGGCUUCACUGCUCUGCUAAAAUUUGCAGAGGGCUACAGCGCACUGCUAUCAUUCUAUGCAAUUCAGCCUUUCUCCCCUGUUCCCUUCCCUGUCGUCUUCUCUGUGCUGUUCUGCAUCCUGGCUCUCUUCAGCUGUCAGAAGAGCUUGCUGGAGGGGCUCUACCACUUAUUCUUUGCAGUGUAUUGUAUUGCAAUUGCAGCCCAGCCGCAAGGCUUCUUCCAAGGAGGCACACAGGGUGUACAAGGAGCUAUAUUUAUAUUCACUGCUGGCGUGCUUUUAAUUACCACAUUCAAUAUGGUCUCCAGGACAAAGAUUCCCACAGGGCAGGGCUACUUCAAGGCUUUAGUAAGCAGGAUGCAAGGUCUCACUCUCAGAGCUCAUGAUAAAGAGUUGCAUGCACCUCACCUCGGUUACUCUAAGUAUGCAGAUGCAGAGGUGUUAGGCCACGCCUGCAGUGUGCUGGCUGCAUUUGCCAUCACAGCCACAGUUGGUGACAGGGAUCCUCUGUCUGUGCUGGUUCUUCCCUGGGUUGUGGUGGCUGGAGGUGCACUCCAGCUGCUCUGCGGCUCAGUAGCUUUUGCUCGAGGUAAAACCUUUGAGAGCACAGUUUUUAUUCUGUAUGGAAUGAUGUGGGCGGUGUGGGGGUUGACACGAUUUGGCGGCCUGUACAGGGAAACCAGAAGCUUUAACGUGGCUGUCGGGAUGAUCAGCUUCAUGCUGUUUAACUGUUUAGUGACAGCUGCAGCACUGUUUCUAAAUGUGGCCUGGUUUGCUUACGCCCUCACCUUCCAGCUCAUCCUGAUGAGCUUCCUGCUGGAUGCAGUAGGUGCACUGCCGUAUGGUUAUGACAUAGGAGUCACUAUCAUCUUUGGUCUCGUCAGUUUUUAUUGUUUCCUUGCACACAUUUUCAACAGCACAUUCCAGUCCCCCCAGAUCCCUUUAGGAAAACCUUUAGUCAAGCUGAGUGGGGUUGGAGGCGGCGCAGAUGUCUGUCCCCAUUUAUCAGCCCGCAAGGCCACGUCCGUCCAGCAGAUUGCAGACAUCAUGAAAAAUGGUGGCAUAUGUGGAAUGCCUACUGACACUGUCUAUGUGCUGGUGGCAGCUUGCAACAGGCCUGACGCAGUUGUCAAAGCUUACAAGGUGAAGAAGCAGGCGCAGGACCGACCCAUGUCCCUCUGGAUCUCCUCUAUCAAGCAGCUGGAGCCGGUGCGACACCUGCUGAGCCCUCUGCUCCUGGACUUCAUGGAGGCUGCGUGGCCCUCCUCCAUUAGCAUGGUUAUACCCAGAGGCCCAUGGAUGGACACCUUUGGUUUAGGAGAUGCUGCCAAACAUAUUGGGACUCCACAAAGCAUUGCAAUCAGAAACCCAGACUGCUCUGUGGCCACACACCUCAUUAAUCAGGUGGGUCCCAUCGCUGUAACCUCGGCCAACCCUACAGGAGAGGCAGACACAACUCACCACAACCAAGUUUAUGCCAAACUGGGCAAAAAGGUAAAUGGAGUGUUAUGUGACGGACCCUCUCCAGAAAACAUUGCAUCUACUGUGGUUGACUGCACCAAGAUUGAAACAGGGCAUAUUGGUUUUUUCAGAGUGGGUCUAAUUCCUAAAUCUAAGGUUCUUCAAAUCUUCGAGGAAGUCCAAAAGCGGCACAAACAUGGGCAGACAAAUCCUGCUUUUGAAUAUGACUUGCACCUACCAGAUGCACAAAGGGACAAAACUUCAAGAGAGGAUGACACAGCAGAGUCAAGAAGAGGAAGUCAAAACUCAACACCAUCCACAGUUUCACCUGAACAAAGUCCAGUCCUCAGAAAUGGUUCAUAGAAUCAAUGCACUGUUUACUGAUGCUGCCAUAUGUAACUUAAAUUAAGAUGUACACACUAUUGUUAAAUGACAAAUCCAUGCACAGCUGUAAAUGUAAUAACUGGCAUAUUGUUAUUUUUGGAGGCCUCAUAUACCAUCACAUUUUUGCAUCUGCAAACUUUAAAUUGGUGUGAAA